GUGGACCAACUUGCAUAGGUACCAAACUUUCUCGUGGCUACAAAGAGCUGGCCGAUAUUGAAGACAAGUCUUCUGAAAUUUCACAUUUGGUGUUCGUUGUGCAUGGAAUUGGACAGACCUUUGGGAGUAUUAAAAACGACAGCUGGAGGUAAUAAUGGCUAUUUACGGGAUUUAAAAGGACUUCCUGUUUAAGCAAACAAUUGUUCGUACUCAGGUAGCCGCAUUUUUUGAUGAUGGGGCCAGAAAGGGCCACAUCGAGAAUUGGCCCCGCCAUAGCCCCCUCACGAUGCGGGGCUGUGAGGGGGCCAGAGGAAGCUGGUGCUGGCAGGGAAACAAUAAAAAUCAUAGUCUCCUAAAUGACUAAAAAAUAUUAUCGUUAUUGGGCUGAAAAGAUGAUGAACCUGUUUGGCUACCGCAGGCAUGUGCAUAUUUUUUAAAACAUUUAAAAGCAUGUUGAUCGGUAAAUAAAUUUAACCUGCUACUAAUCGUUAAUAAGUCAAACGUAUGGGCAUGGAUUGUACAUUAAGGUAUUCCAGCCAAUGAUAUACUUUGUUUACUGGUCGACCAUUAAAAAAUAAAGUGUCGAUUUUUCCUAUAUUAGAGUUUUGUGGAUGCAUGCUCAUAUAAGAUGAAGGUUAUGCUUUUUAUGUGACUUACCCACCUUGCCGACGAUUCCCACAAAAAUUUCAAUUUUGUAUUUAGGAUUCGGAAUUUAGCUGCAAAUGUUUUUGAAAAGGACUUCGAGAACAGUUGCCAGAAGACCGAAUUUUUGCCCGUGGAAUGGAGAACAACCCUCGAGCUCGAUGAAUCCAUUAUACAUAGUGUUACGCUUGCUCACUGUCAUCCAUUUCGUGUGCUUUUAAACAGUUCGGCUCUUGAUAUUCUCUACUACACCAGUCCAUUUCACAGAAGGGAAAUCAUGAGAGCCUUCUCCCAGGAAGUUAUACGUCUUUACAGCAUGUUUUGUUCCCGAAAUCCAUAUUUCGAAGCAAACGGAGGAAAAGUUUCUAUUUUGGCCCAUUCACUUGGAGCAGUUAUUGCAUUUGAUGUUCUGACUGGCUGUCCACCCUCUUCUUCAUCAACAGCAUAUUGGCGGUCAAUAAAUGUAAACCUCAUGAAAUAACCCUCGACUUACCAUGCACUUAAUCUAAAAAGGUAUCGCGUUUACCGACAACUGAUGGGUCCUAAAUGCACUUCUCAUGUUUUAAAUUGAUUGAGCGGACAUAGUCGUCUUUAGUAAGAGAACAUCUACAGAACAACUUUUGUUUAUAGAGAACUUAUAAAAGUACGUGUUAUCCAAAACCCCCUUUGUAAGAAAUUUUCAAUUUUGAGUUCAAGUUUAGAACUGAAUAUUAGGAGAAUCGGCUGUAAUAUUUACCUUGCAAAGAUGUUUAUGCCUAGUCACUUACAUAAAAUUUAAACAUGGAAGGUUUGCUCCAAUUUAAAUAACCUAAUAGCUUAAUUUAGGCAUUAAAAUUUCUUAAAGAGGUAUAGCGACAUAUGCUCAAUUAAGAAAGUUGUACUUCAUUUGGACUUUUAAUCGUUAUUAGGCAUGCCCGUUGAACUUCCCACAUACAUUGAACGUUAGUUAGCUUCGAAAGUGAAAACGUAUGUGCAGUAAUGAACACCUGCGAAUGGUAUUAUCCCCAAUUCUACCAUCCUAUCGUCAUAAGAUUGACCGUAUUCCAAAAACCUUUUAUCAAAAUUGUUUUUUAUUUAAGGGCACCUUGGACGCAGACAGCCAGUCCUUAGGCAAAUCUAUGACACCUCUUCAACAGAAUCUUCUGUUAGUUACUAAUAAGCAGUUCCUGCUUUUUGCUUAA